UUUUCCCAAACCACAUUUACAGUCACUAACCAAUGACAAAUUGCAAGCUGUGCAGCCAGUGAAAUGGCUUGCCUGUAGUUGGUGUCUUGCUUGCUGAUAUGCGGUCCCACCCUCGCCAACAGAUGAGCACACUGAGCAAUGUGGAGUCUGAAGUACAGCUGGAAACGGUCAUUGUCCAGCCUCAGCUCCUGGACCAGCUGGUUAAAUUCCCCAUGCCACUCCCAGGUCUGGAGGAUGGGACGCACCCACAAACAAUGGGCAGAGCAGUGCUGUUUCCUCCUCAAGUACACCAGGGCAACAGCUAGAGCGAUGUUUCUCUCCAUGGUAACAUCACAGCAGGCUGUCACCUUUAAAAAUACUAGCACUCAAACUGAUACUCCUAGCAGGACAACAGUUGGCAAAUGGCUGUCCACUGGGACACUGAAAGAACAUGUAAGAAGCAAAGGCACCCAGGCAGUGUCUUCUCUCAGUGUUGGCAUAGAAACCACAUUCGGUUCACCAGAUUUCACACUAUCUUCAACACCUAUACAGGGACCAGGGUUCAGACCAAGGAAGAGACCUCAUCUUGAGUUUGAGGAAGAGCUGGAAAAGGUAUUGGGAUUGCCAUUCACAGCAUAUGAAAAUUACAAUCAGUGGACCUUUUCUACAAAAAGCAUUUUGGACCUUCAGCUUUUUCAGAGCAAUGAAGUAGGUCGUAGUUACCACAUGGAGAAGGAGGGACUGAAAAGAAGCCUAGACCUUCUGGAGUCAAAUGGUUUGUCUUUGGAAUACAUUGUUAUUGUCAUCAACAGAUACAGAAGUUUCUGAAGGAAUGCAACAUCACAUAGUUGUACGACGUGUGACAUUUUGAGAAAGGGCCUGAGAGGGUAGCCAAGUGGAUGUUACUGAUCAACCACAUUCAGGAUGUUCAUGUGCAUAAUGACUCCAUAUUACUCAAGUGUGAACAUCCUGUUAAAGUGUCAAGG